CACAAGCACAUUGUGUGAGGGAUAAAGAGGUGAAGGAACAAAGAAGCAUAUCAUAAUCAAUUAAUCAUAAGCUAAGCCCUCCAAAAUGCCUCGUGGUGAUUCCGAUUCUGAUUCUGAUUCAAAGCGACGCCAUUGUAGGAGCUUCCACCGAGAACCCAGUCCCAAGAGAUAUAGAAGAAGAGAUGGAAAACGAGAAAGAGACAGAGUCACAACCAGUUCUGCUAAUGAUGGAGACCACAGACACCACCGUCGCCACGUGCACGAGCAUGAUGAACGAGGUAGUGCUGCCCAGGUUGAUAGAAGCUCUGGUCAAAGGAAAACUGGUGAGCGUGGAUGGUGGAAGGACUUGAGGAAUCAACAUAAUGAAAGGGCAGAGACAAGUCAAGGUAGAGAGCAGAGAGAUGAGAAAUCACAAGAGAAACCAGAUGAUACUACUUCCCAGAGAAGAGAUGGUGUUUCUGAAAGAAAAGUUGAUCCACUUCCUACCUCGAGGAAAAGACCUGCAUUCAGAGAGAAGAAGAUUCCAGUGGAUUCAGCAGAUGCUAAUCCCGCUGCAACAGCGACAACAAAGUCAAGCCAGGUUGAACACCCUCCAGUCAGGAAUGAAAGGAAGGAGGAAAGAAGCAACAAGCCACACCUUUUGGAUAGACCUGAGAGGCAACUUGCAGAUGACAGAGCACCACCCAACAAGGUUGAAGCUAGGAAACAUGGUUUUUCAUCAAGUGGAAGGUAUAGAGGCAAUGGUGGCAAUGACAAUUACAGGGGAAGGGAUAAAUUUAAUGGAAGACAAGGCUAUAGUCCUAGCAAGACUCGAUUUGAUAAGUGGAAACAUGAUUUGUAUCAAGAGGUUAAUAAGGAUCGUGCUGUGCAAAAUGAGGAUGACCGGAUUGCAAAGCUGGAAGCACUUUUAGCUCCAUAAUAGCAAACAGCAGCCAGUAUUUGUAAGCUCUGAGGUUGUUUGUAAAUCAACCCUGUGAACUCUUUGGUUACUGGACUGUUCCAGAGAUGAGUACGGAGUACCUGAUAAAGUAUUUCUUUUCUCAAGUUUACAUGUGUAGUUUAUGAGCAUACGGUGUUCUUAGUUGCUGAAUUUGUUCAUUACAAAUCAAGAUAUAACCACAUCUUCAGCAUGCUAGAGAUCAUGUUAGCGUAGCAACUGUCAGAUCCUGGAGAGCUUAGCUGAAUUCAAUCCCUUUUUGAAACUGGAAUUACCUUUGGCUUCAUUGGAGCACAUGGCAAUCUGCAAUUGAAAUGCUUGUAUUUUCUGUUUUUCCUGAACUCUUAAAACCUUUUUGCUUAUAUACGUUACAAUUUUGAACCUUUUUUUUGGCAGUGAUAUUGUAUAGUACUGUUUAAGAUUGGGAAAAUC